UUCCUCCAGCAGGGGACCGAGCAGAGGAAAUCUGGGAGGAAAGAAAAAAAGCAAUCCAGGGAUCUGAGUCAGCAGCUGCUGCGGCUUCAGUCUGUGCCUCCUCCUCAACUUCCGUGGAUCGAUUUCAGCUCUGAUCAACAUUAAAUCCACACUUCAGUGUCUAUCAAUGGACAUGAACGAGUUUCCAUUACUCUAACAAGCAUCAUUGGAAGGAAAAAAAGAAGCGGAAACACAGAGGAGCGAGAAGCCUGUGGUUGAUGAGCAGCUUUGAUGAACAAGAGGAUUAAAACAGAUCGACACACUCAUCACAUGCCCCUCUGCUAAACAUUUACCACAAAGCUUCAUGUCCGUCCGAGUUUCAGCCAUGAGUGUUCUUCCUCCUGUCCGAAGGGACCGCAUCAUCGCUCAGCUCCCUCAGUAUUUCAAGAAAGAGGCAGCUCUUCACACGAAGGAGGAUUUCAACAAUAAAGUGAAGACGGCCUGCCAGGAGCAGCGCACCGGCACUGUGGGCAGAUUUAAAAUCUCUAAGGUCAUUGUUGUGGGUGACCUGGCUGUGGGGAAAACAUGUCUGAUUAAUAGAUUUUGUAAAGAUGCUUUUGAUAAAAACUACAAGGCAACGAUUGGUGUUGACUUUGAGAUGGAGCGCUUUGAGGUGCUGGGUGUUCCUUUCAGCCUGCAGCUCUGGGACACUGCAGGCCAAGAGAGGUUCAAGUGCAUUGCUUCUACGUACUACAGAGGAGCCCAGGUUGUGAUUAUUGCAUUUGAUGUAAAUGAUGUCGCCUCUUUGGGCCAUGUGAGGCAGUGGCUCGAAGAUGCCCUGAAAGAGAACGACCCCACCGCCGUCCAGCUGUUCCUUGUUGGCACAAAGAAAGACCUGAGCUCUCCUGCUCAGUACUCUCAGAUCGAACAAGACGCAAUCAAAAUAGCACAAGAGAUCAGCGCAGAGUAUUGGGCUGUGUCAUCACUGACAGGGGAAAACGUCAAAGAGUUUUUCUUUCGAGUUGCAUCUUUGGCGUUUGAGAUCAACGUCCUCGCUGAGUUGGAGAAAAGUGGAACAAGACAAAUUGGGGGCGUUGUCAAAAUUAACAGCAAUUCAAACAAUCUGUACGCUGCAUCAAAGAAGAAACAGCCCAACUGCUGCCAGUAAGGAUGGAAGUAUAGAGUCAAAGGUACAGACUGCAAAUGAGGGAAAGACUGGAGGGAUUUCUGUGGUCAAAGCAGAAGGAGGGACGCUGGAGUUUUACUUCCUGACAUGUUUGAGUUCAGUUUUUCCUGGCCUGGAGAGAGUUUUCCUCUGUGGGAUGUGGAUUCUUGUGGUGUUGCUCAGUUUAACUUGUCUGGAGUUACAGAGUGACACAGCAAUUAGCCACACAAAAAAAUGACUGUUCUGUUCUGCUCCUGCAGAGAUGCCAGAGAGUGACUGAGGAGGUUUUUAACAUGGUGUUUGUGUCAAUGCUUAAAUAUUCAGUCUUGCUGCUGUAGUUUGUUUAACAAUUUCUGGUUCACCUUAAAGUCAGCUGUUUAAAAUGACUGUUUUAUGGUACUUCACCUCUUUUUAUAUAAUACUGUAGAUCAGAGGUUCCCGAGCCUUCUAGAAGAAGUAAAAAUGUGCAGUAAAUGACAAGAAAAGAGCAAAAAAUAGAGGAAAGAUUGAAACAUUUUAAAGUCCCUCUCCGGACACAUUUUUAAGUAUACUAAUAUUUUGUUUAGCGUGGUUUUCCCACAUAGCAGUUAAAAAAAACCUCUGAAAAGGGGCUUGAAGCAGAUCUACUCUCUCUCCCGCAUUGACAAAUUUGCUUUCAAUAAGUUUCACUUUCUCCAGCACCGCUUGCGCUAGGUUGACCAAUGAAAGAUCAGCACAUAUCUAAAAGGCUAGUGUUAGCGUUAAAGGAAACAUCAGAGAGAUUCAGUCAUACAUGUUUGAGCCUCAGUCAGACCCAGGCACAGAUGACGAGUAUCAUGUGCACCAAAAUCGGUGACUAGCAAACAUAUCAGAAUAGGAAGUGUAGUCAGCAUCUUUUAUUUGUGUUUUUUUUUUUUUUUAGCAGGGGCGGGGGGAAAAAAGAGUAUUGCCGUAUUUUACAUGGCAACACUGAAUGAAACACGGAUGCCGUUUAUCACUUUUUUUAUUCGCUAAAUUAUUAAUAUUGCAAAUAUAAAUUAAACUCUUGGUAGCCUACUAGAAUAUUACCAUCAAUUGCUGUAUCUGUCCACUAGAUACGUGUUGCUGCAACAAAAAUUAUUGAAGUGAAAUGGACAGACUGAAAAAUGUAUCUUAUUAGAAAAAUUAUGUAUAUGUUAUCACAAUGCGCAAAACAUGCAAAAUCGCAGUAAUAUUGUAUUUUAAGUAUUAUGAUAAUAAAGUAUCGGAGGGUCUCUGGUUAUUCGCACCCCUCUUUGUUAGCUCGUAGGCUAACUGGCAGUGGCUAAAACCGUGUUAAUGGUUGCGAACACAAUAGUAUCUGCUAUAACGGCAUUUUUGGUAGAUCGUGAAGCUCCCAAAUCUGGUUUUCAUCUAAAAACUGCGCACUCUGCCAUGUUUGCUGACAAAACUUUCACUAUGCUAAUGCUAACUCUGCUCUCUGUACUGAUGAGUCCACUGUGCGCUGGAGGUUUCAGGUGUCUCUGCUGGUGUUGUGUCAAAGUUUGUGACACCGUCGAUAUUUGAUUCCUGUAUUAGAAAGAGACUGACUUUCAUUUUACUGACGUACUUAAUCAAGCGUAUGAUUUUAGGAAAAUAUCCAGACAUCACCCCCUUCAGUAGAGGAAUGUGAAAACACCUCUCUAGUAACAAACUUUUCACAGAUACAAGUCGGUAUAGUCAAUGUCAGACAUUUUGUAGACAUAAACAUAAGAAAGCACAUUUUUGAGUGGAGGGGGACUUUAACAAUUUCAUGUAGCAGGAAUAUUUUUUCUGAUUUCCUUAUCCUGAUAAGCCCUUUAAGUUAUCUUGUGAGCCCUGUGAUGU